AUGACGAGCGCAUCGGUGCUGGACAGUGCUGGAUACCAAUUCACCCAAGCACCACUAUUUACAUUUUGUAAUAUCAUCACUGGCAUUUUCGUUUUUAUCCUACUCCAUAUUACGGGGAAGGUAGUGUACAAUCUCUAUCUGAGUCCUCUUGCUGGCUAUCCUGGGCCAAAACUAUGGGCUAUCUCUCGCCUGCCAUGGAACUACACCAAUAUGAAAGGUCGAAUCAGCUGGAAAAUACGUGAACUUCAUGAUCAGUACGGCCCAGUUGUGCGCAUUGCUCCUGAUGAACUCUCAUAUACGACAUCGGGAGCGUGGAAAAAGAUAUACGGACAACGAAACCCAGAGUUUGUCAAAGCUCUAGAUGGCAGAGGCAUCGCUCCAGCAAGCAUUGGUGGUCAGCGUAGCUUGAUGACUGAGCACCAGGAUAGACACUUGAGGCUUAGAAGAGCUAUAGACCCUGCUUUUAGCCAAAGGGCAUUACGCGAACAGGAACAGUAUUUCCAAGAUCACUCAGAUAAUCUUGUCCAAAAGUUACAUCAGCGAUGUAAAACAGAACCACUCGAUAUGACGACAUGGUACAAUCUUGUCGCAUUCGAUAUUGUAUCCGAUCUGGCAUUUGGCGAGCCGUCAGGUUGUGUCAACAACCCCGACCAACCAUGGAUACAAGCUAUUCUGGCUCGUGCCAAAGCUAUCGUGUGGUUUCAGCUUGCUGUGCAGUAUGGUUUCAUGGGUCUUCUCAACUGGAUGACUCCAAAAUACGUUGUCGAAUCGAGAAAGAAGCACAUUGCCAUGACUGAGGCGAAAUUAAAAGCACGGGUUGAAGCCAAGAAUGCUGGCAAGGAUUUCAUGUCUUAUAUCCUCGAGAAUGAUGAGAAGCUCAAUCACCUCGAACUGGUCAUGCUUUCAUCCAACUUCAUCGUGGCUGGCAGUGGCACAUCUGCAGGCGGUAUGUCUGGCUUGACAUACUUGCUCCUGCGCAACCCAGAUAAACUUGAGAAACUCAAACAAGAGAUCCGUAGUCAGUUCAAACGGCGCAGUGAUAUGACAAUGCAGGCUGUCACUAGCUGCAAAUAUCUGCGCGCUUGCCUUAACGAGGGAAUGCGCCUCUAUCCGCCUACUCCAGGAUCGCUGCCGCGAUUUGUUCCUGGAAAGGGUGAGAUGAUAGAGGGCAAAUGGGUUCCAGGUGGCUAUGCUGUAGGUGUCAACCAAUUGGCGGCUGGGCACUCAGAGCACAACUUCAAAUGCGCACGCGAAUUUCACCCAGAGCGAUGGCUUGAUGAGCCAGACUCAGAGUUUCAGAAUGACGACCGUUCUGCUGUUCAACCAUUCUCUUAUGGGCAAAGGGCCUGCAUUGGACGAUCUAGGAUAUGUAUUUCUCUGCUACUAUGCAUCGUCAAUGUCACUCUCAUCAAGCCACUACGAUAUUCUAUCAAAGCCCGUCGACUCGGUUGUGGUCCGGUCCCUUUCGAGCCGACACGAUGGCCUCUCGGUAUUGACUUGGUACGCCGCAGUUUGAGAGCUGACAAAGAGCAAAGGACACCUGACUUUGUGGCUGCGCGCUUUAAAAAAAUGGGCCGUUAUACUUGGGGAUUAUCUGUGCUCGGUACAUCGAAUUUCAUUACUGCUGAGCCGCAGAAUAUGCAGGCAAUACUUGCAACACAGUUUGGAGAUUUCAUCAUGGGCACGGCCAGGAGGACAAACCUAAAGACAGCACUCGGACGAAGCAUCUUCGCCGUAGAUGGUAAGGUUUGGCAUCGGUCCCGCGAGGCUAUGCGACCUAUCUUCUCCAGAGAAAGUAUUUCCAAGCUUGAUCUACUCGAGGAACACGUCCAAACGAUGUUUCGGAUCAUUGAGUCAAUGGAACAGGAAUCUAGGAUUGACGACGAUGGCCGAGCUUGGUCGGCACCUGUGAGUCUGGCUGCCCUGUUACCGCGUCUCACCAUGGACUCAGCAACCGAGCUGUUCCUUGGCCAUAGUACACACUCUCUGAGAUCGCUUCUCUCCAUCCAACGCAAAGGACGCGAACAGAUUCAGCACGAACAAGACGACUUUGGUCAUGCCUUUGAGCGCAUGCUGAGCAUCUUGGGAACAAGAAUGCGACUGCGAAGCCUCUAUUGGUUAUAUGGAAACAAAGAAUUGAAACAAUGUAUUCAGACACUCCACAAAUUUGUCGACGACGCCAUCGAUACAGCUGAUCAGUCCCGAGAGCAAGGAUCUUCCAAGCUUCGCUACGACUUCUUAGAGUCACUGCGUGCCCGCUACUCUGACCGCGCCGAAGUACGUGAGCAAGUCCUGGGGCUCUUAGCCGCUGGCAGGGAUACAACGGCAUCCCUUACAGCUUGGGUCUUCUAUUGUAUCUUGCGAAAUCCACGGAUAUACACCAAGCUACGCGAAACCAUUCUCGAAACUUUUGGUCCUUACUCAAGUACAGUAGGGCAGAGUAUCACAUUUGAGAAACUAAAGGGAUGCUCCUAUCUUCAACACGUCUUGAACGAGGCGUUGCGCUUACAUUCGGUUGUACCUUUCAACUCGCGUUGCGCCGUACGAGAUACGACGCUUCCCACAGGCGGGGGUCCGGAUGGAAAUAUGCCCAUCUUCGUACCUAAGGGGACAGAAGUCAACUUCAGCACGCAUGUACUUCAUCGACGGAAAGAUCUAUGGGGUGUCGAUGCAGACGAGUUUGUGCCUGAGCGGUGGGAAAAGAAGAGACCUGGAAUGACUUGGCAUCCUGGAAGUCCAGUAGCUAGAGAUGCAGCGGUUAGGUGCAGAUUGAGAGUUGCUAUAGAUUAG